AUGAGCAAACUGACUUCUGAUAUCAUCUGGCCUGUUAAAUUCCUCCCGGGGACCACAGACAAUUACGUCUCAAACGAGGUCAUCGUCAAGGGCAUCACCGCCGAGCAGGUGUGGCAAUUCCUUGCCGACAUCACAAAGUGGGAAUCAUAUUACGACAAUGUCAGCCAAAUCACCCCGCCAACCUCUGGCCCUAUGCUUGAGAAGGGAGACAAGUUCAGUUUCUCGACUUUCGGAUUCCCUCCUCUUCCAUCCGAGGUGUUGGAAUCAGUUACACCCACUGCGACAUCGCCUGGACGACUGGCAUGGAGGGCUGUGAGUGAAGGCGACGAAAACACCGCCUUGGACGUCUACCAUGCAUGGAUUGUGGAGGAUCUGGAAUGGGGGGUGGUUCGGAUUCUAACGCAAGAGUCUCAAAUUGGAAAGCCUGCUGUGGAGCUAGCUACGACAAAGCCCAACCCCAUGUUGCUGGGACACCAGAAUUGGCUGGAUGGCUUGGUUAAAGCUACUCAGGAGAAGAAUACUUGA